AUGAACGCCACCAACGGGAACACCUGGCAGUGGUAUAGGGAUGUGGUGAGGUCGUGGCUUGAGGACCCCGGCGCGGAGGAGUUCGGAGGCCUCAACCUGACGUCGCUGACGAUGGACCAGGCGUACAUGAUAGGGGUCUCGGACAGAAACGUCAGUGUUUACAGCGUCUCGGAUGAUUGUUUUCGAUGUCCCUUCGAGCUUCAGAAGAUUUUAGAAGGGGGCGUUGAGAACGUAAUGGUGAUGAGCACUGCUCGUCGUGCAACCUUGAGGGUCUACGAGGAAAUAGGAGAACAAUACAUGAGUGCUGGAAACACCACAGGCCUGAUCUGCCAGUUGCGCCCCAAUCUGGGCCAGUUCGGCGUCUACACGUUGAACGCGAGCGGAGGCGGUUGCGACGUGCGCACAGACAAGGAGCCAGUCAACAUUUACCUGCGUGAGUCGAAUAGCAAUAACGAA